UGGUGUGGGUAAUUAUAGUUGUCUGUGCUCUGUAGCAUUUGGUUGGCAGCUUGGCACAAAGACAAAGACAUUAGCAUAAACCCAGGUACGUGCACGCACGAGUGAGCAAGUUCUACAGGUCAACACAACACAGAAAAGGGUGUACAGAAACUAGGCCAUGUUUUGCCUCUCUUUUGGGUGACAAACUGAAGAUUCAACAAGAAAGCAGACAUUUUGGAGCUCAACUUGCCUCUUGUGUUCCUGUGAACCAGAGUCAGCAUUUAUUUUGCUAAGGAGACUUGAGAUUUUUCUAAGGAGACUUGAGAUUUUGCUAAGGUAAGCCGGGUGCGCACACAAGGCUGCAAGCAGGAAGUAAACAACAUGUCGACUUCCCCAAAGACUUCAAGCCUCGGUGAUCAAGUGAAGGAAGAACUGUCCUGCAGCAUCUGCCUGGAGCUGUUCACCAGGCCCAAGGUGCUGCCCUGUCAGCACACCUUCUGUCAGGACUGUCUACACGACCAUGCGGGGGCGCGGUCACCCUUCCUGUGCCCAAACUGCCGACUACAGGUUAACCUUUCACCUCUAGGUGUAGCCGGGCUGCCUGAUAACCAUAUUGUCUCCAGUUUAUGCGAGAGGCUGGGAAGCCAGGUGGGACUUCCUUCAGGUAAAAGACGGCAAUCCAAGUCCACCAACAGGUGUUUAAGCCACCCCCUGGAAGAACAAAAGGUAUUCUGUAAGAAAUGUCAGCUGCCGCUCUGUGACUUGUGUUUAGAGACAGUCCACGAUGGGCACCCCACUACCACUCUCAAGAAAGCCUCGCUUGAAAGGACGUUUUCUUUUGACUCUCUGAUCUCUGAGGGAAGAAAUCUUCUUGAGACGUACUGCAACUUUCUCCGGGACCUUCGUGGCACGGAGAAGACUCUUAAAGAACAGAAAGAGCAGACAGAUAACAGAAUUUCUUACGUUUACAACCAGAUGGUGCAGAAACUCACCGAAACAAAACACAGCCUGUUGUCCGAGGUGGAGCAAAGACAUCGAGAGAACCUGGAAACGGUACAGGAACAGAGGGAAACAAUUUUGGCAAAAAUCGACGAACUGUCUGCCGCCUGUGAUAACGCAGAACAAGGAGUGAAAAAGGAAGGGAUGAAAGUUUUCCACUUUGAGACCCACCUAGGCCAGGUGAUGAACCCGAGAAUCGCGCCGCCGGAUUCGGCGCAAGCGUACAGCGUCGCUGUGUUCCAGCCGACCAACUCAGCUGCACCAAAGUUAGGCAACAUAGCCGUGCAGUCUUUCCAGUCUGCAUCUGCAGCUUCUGGAAGGGCAUCACAAAUUCCAACCAUAGAGACAGAGGACGAGGAAUUUCCUCCUAUAGAAAUAACUGUACCUCCUAUACAACUUACUGUACCAACUGUAGAACAGCCAGUUAUCCCGCGGUCAUUGUCUGUAUCACCUAGCAACACGAGGGUCAAACUUUGCCGCCGCCGUUCCUUUGACCUCCAGAAGGUGACCUUUGGUGGGAAGGGGUCGGAAGCGGGGAGGUUCGACGUUCCGUGCGGAGUGGCCGUGUCAGACGAGGGCGAGAUUUUCGUGGCGGACUGCGGGAACCAUCGCAUCCAGGUGUUCACGCUAGGCGGAACGUUCGUGCGGGAGUUUCCCACCGUCUUGUCUGAAGACCGUACCAUCCAGCCGGAUGAUGUUGCCAUGGACGCAGACGACUACCUGUGGGUGGUAGGGGUCGACGUCGCGGCGCAGUACACAAAGUUCGGAACCCUCCUGAGUGCAGUCGACCUACGUAACACGGGAUGGGACCGAGGGGUUGCCAUGGAUACCAGAAAAAAUAACGUCCUAGUUUCCCAAACGACAAUAGACAAGCGCGACAUCGUCGGAGAAGUGCAGAUAUUCAGCGCAGAAGGGAAUGUGGUGAAAACUGUGGGGGGGCAGCAGGGAAUGAAAAACCCUGCCUACAUCACUGUUGAUACCAAAGGGAACAUUCUGGUGUCUGACAACGUCAGUCACUACGUCUACAUACUGAACCACGUGGGGUACCUGCUGCUGAAGUUUGGGGGGGAGGGGGGCGGGGAGGGCCAGCUGAAGUGUCCCAGCGGCAUCUGCACGGACAGUUCCGGGAACAUCAUCGUGGCCGACACCCACAACAGCCGCGUGGAGCUGUUCGAUAAGACGGGCAGCUGGGUCCGACACGUUGCCACGGGGAUGAGGGGGCCGCUGGCUGUUGCCAUGGCAACGGAGGGACAGUUGGUGGUGACUGACUCGAGUGACAACACUGUCACCAUCUUCCAUAGCUACUGAAUUAAUAGACAAUCGAAUCUGCCCAAGAAGACUGCUUGGGACCGAUACAAUCUGGUCUGUGUAGAUAGGUGGUCACUGUAGACAGGAUUCUUAAUGACUUGUGUCAAUGGGAAAAAUAACGGAAGGGACCACCAAAAAAUUGUCACAAUGGUGAGGUGGUCCUUAUGUACAAUAAGUCAGAAACUAGAGGUUAACACUUAUCUAAUACAGGUUUGAUUAUGACAAUUUGCCAAAACAGUGUAUCAUGUAAAUGUACAAGAAUGUUUCCGGUAUUAAAUAUUUCGA